AUGCCGCCCAAAGACAUCAAGAAGAAAAAGGUGCAAUCGCCGAAGCUUGCAGCCAAAUCUUCACCAACGCUGAAGCCCAAAGCAUCUCCGAAGCUCGGUCCCAAAGCAUCUCCGAAGCUCGGUCCCAAAGCCAACCCGAAGAAGAGAAAAGCUGACGUCGACAAAGCAGCUGCAGCAACAUCAGUGCGAAAGAAGCAAGCGACUGAGGACAGCCAUGAUACCUCCGGGUCACUUGCAGUCUGUAAAGUCUCUGAUAUCAAAGACAUAUCAGAUGCCAGCCGCGAAGCACUGCUCACCAAAAACAUUACGAUGUUGUUUGAGAUACAGCAGAAGGCGUUCAGCCCUUGCUUCAAAGGCUUGGAUGUGGUUGGCCGAGCAAAAACAGGAUGCGGCAAGACUUUGGCUUUUGUUUUGCCUGUCGUGGAACGGCUCCGUGAUUCUGCCAAACUUGCCUGCAAGAAAGCCCCGCUUUGCACAACUAUUGCGCCAACUCGCGAACUUGCAAGACAAAUCUUCAACGACUUCGAGCUUCUCGGCAAUGCAUCUGGUCUGGUUGUGAAGUGCUUCUACGGUGGAACCCCUUUUGGUCCACAAUGCGAAGAUCUCCGCAACGGCGUUCACGUCUUGGUUUGCACACCUGGACGGCUGCUAGACCACGUUCGCCGCAGCAGUGUGGCUUUAUCCAAUUGCAAAACCUUAAUUCUCGACGAAGCUGACGAGAUGUUGUCCAUGGGCUUCCAGGAAGACAUAGAGGCCGUUCUGGAUGAACUGCCCAAAACCAACUGUCAGAAGUUGCUUUUUUCCGCUACCUUGCCAAAAUGGGUCAAUGCAAUUGUUGAGAAGCACCUGACCAAUCCAACAUGGAUUGAUGUGGCGCAUGAUCCGCAAGGCAAUAAAACCAACGACUUGAUCAAACAUCAAUGUGUGCAGUGUGCACCAGCAUUGAAGGGUGACUGCAUUGGCGACCUGUGCAAAAUUCAUGCUGGCGCAUUCGGCAAGACCAUCGUGUUCGUGAACACGAAGAAGGAAUGCGAUGAACUUGCAGGGAAUGACAAGCUGCAGGCAAUUGGUGCCGGCGUUUUACAUGGUGACAUUCCUCAGCAUGCUCGAGAAAAGACCAUGGAUGGGUUUCGAUCAGGUAAGAUUCGAUGCUUGGUCGCCACAGAUGUGGCCGCACGGGGCAUAGAUGUUCCUGCUGUUGAUCUGGUUGUUCAGACGCGGCCCCCUCAAGACUUCGAAGCAUAUGUGCAUCGCUCGGGACGCACUGGUAGAGCUGGCAGGAAAGGUACAUCUGUCACGUUCUAUUCCAGGAAUGAGGAAUACCUUGUCAAGCUCAUCGAACACAAGAAGGGGAUAAAGAUGCAAAGGGUGGGCCCACCUCAAGCUAGAGAUGUCGUGGCCGCGGCUGCCGAGGAUGCUGUACGCCAGAUUGAUACAGUCCAUCAGGCAAGUGUCGAGGCAUUUACGGACAAAGCACGGGAGCUGAUCGAAGAACGGGGUGCUGAGGUCGCACUGGCCGCGUCAAUGGCUGCGCUUACAGGACAUUUCCGUGAGCUCAAGGGCCGCUCUCUCCUCUCUUCGUACGACGGUCAAACAGCACUUCUCCUGCAAUCAGAACGUGUCAUCGAGACAGACUCGAAAGGAUGGUAUCUGCUGCGUCAAAUGCUGCCGCGGGAGUUGGCCGAUGCCUGCCGUGGAUGCAAGCGCUGUAAAGAUGAGAGGCUGUGUAUCUUUGACGCUCCGGACAACAUUGUGCCCAUGAUUCUCGAGGCCACGCUCUGGAAGGGCAACACGAUCAAAGUUGCCACUGAGUUGCCAGAACUUCUUGAGGCCGAAACUGACAUCUACGAGGCGAACCAGAAGCUGAAAGAGAGCAAGCAGCGGUUCUGGGAGCGGAGAAAAGGCAGCGGCAAGGAUGGAAAAGGAGGAAAGGCCGAGGGCCGAGGGGGCCGAGGCCGAGGCCAAGGUGGGCGAGGUGGCGGUCACUCAGGUCACGGAGGUCACGGUGCCGGACGUGGCAAGGGGCAGUCUGGCCGAGGAUCUCGGGGAAGAGGGUAG